AAAAAAAAAGCGAAGGGCUAAAGAGUUAAACGUUCGAAGUCCGUUCGGCUCGUUCCUCCACGGCGUUUCCAAAAUGACAGUCAGCUGACGAGAAAAGUUUUGGUUUCCGAACUCGUAUGUUAACGAGCUCUGAGAUCCAGAGACCCCAUUGGCUCGAUCCGAACCUUACGUCACGGCGGCUAUAAAACUCAGCAAUGCUUUUAAACUGUACUGUAGUGUGUCGACUUUAAAAACACUCUCGGCUCGGUCUGUGUCAGCGGCAUUUAGCGCGCUUCUUUUACGUUCCACUCACCCGUUUGACCACGAUGAUGUCUGCUCGCGAGGAGUCACCAAAGUGUUAAAUGUUUGAAAUCCGAGGCCGCCGAAAUUCACUUGUAAAAAGAGGAGAAAGAGAUCCGAUGCAUCUUUGUAAUAGACUGUGCCUACGAGAGCUCAUAAUCUGGAGUUAGGACAAGCAGUGCAAAGUCUUGUGCGGUCCGUAUUUUCCUGCAAAGAGUAAAGCAUUUAAACAUCAUCAAGCUGGCUCACUCUCUCCCGACCCAGCCCGCUUUGACAGCUGCUCUUCACCCGCUCUGGAGGACGGUCAGCAGCAAGAGGAUGGCAUCAGAGCUGGCACUGAGCAGCUCCGACCUGCCCACCAGUCCCCUGGCCAUGGAAUAUGUUAAUGACUUCGAUCUGAUGAAGUUUGAGGUGAAGAAAGAGCCACUGGAGCCCGAUCGCAGCAUCAGCCAGUGCAGCCGCCUGAUCGCCGGGGGCUCCCUGUCUUCCACCCCGAUGAGCACGCCCUGCAGCUCGGUUCCCCCUUCCCCAAGCUUCUCGGCGCCCAGUCCCGGCUCCGGGAGCGAGCAGAAGGCGCACCUGGAGGAUUUCUACUGGAUGACCGGCUAUCAGCAGCAGCUCAACCCGGAGGCGUUGGGCUUCAGUCCCGAGGACGCGGUUGAAGCGCUGAUCAGCAGCACACAUCAGCUCCAGAGCUUCGACGGCUAUGCUAGAGGGCAGCAAUUCGGCAGCGCGGCCGGCGCGGGAGGCGCCAUGGCCGGGGAGGAGAUGGGAUCCGCCGCCGCGGUGGUGUCCGCAGUCAUCGCCGCCGCUGCAGCGCAGAACGGGGCGCCUCACCACCACCACCACCAUCACCACCACAGCCACCACCAGCAGCACCAAACCCCAGGGGUCCAGUCCAGCAACAACUCCUCGGCCACCCACCACCAGCACUCCCACAUGGAUGACCGCUUCUCGGACGAGCAACUCGUUACCAUGUCCGUGCGGGAGCUCAACCGGCAGCUGCGCGGCGUCAGCAAAGAGGAGGUGAUCCGGCUCAAACAGAAGAGGAGAACCCUCAAAAACAGGGGCUAUGCCCAGUCGUGCCGCUACAAGAGGGUCCAGCAGAGGCACGUACUGGAGGGCGAGAAGACACAGCUCAUGCAGCAGGUGGACCACCUCAAACAAGAGAUCUCCAGACUGGUGCGCGAGCGAGACGCGUACAAAGAGAAGUACGAGAAGCUCGUGAGCAGCGGCUUCCGAGAAAACUCGUCGAGCAGCGACAACAACCCCUCGUCCCCGGAGUUUUUCAUUGCUUGAAAAUGAACUUCUACUUGGAAGAGAACUUCUGCUCGGCAUGGCGUUCAUACAUUUCUUUCAUUUCUCGAUCACUUUUUUGGAAUACGGACUAAAAAAGUGAAAGGAGCAUCAUGUCAUCACCCUCCCCAUGAAAAAGUUGAUCCGUGCGGUUGAUUCUGUGUUGAGAGCCAACUGGAAGCAGUGUUUUUCGAGGGAGCGAACAAGGACCCGGUUUCUAAAAGGAAUUCUCCCUCUGGGACUUAAACAGUGUUGUUGCUAAAAGCGGUUUGUGUAUUUAAUGUCAAACCUUUGCAUUUUGAUCAUUCUGAAAUGAACUGCUUUUCUUUUCUUCUUCUUUUUUUUUUUGUUGCGUCGUAUAAGAACAGUUAGAGGUAGCCCAUGCCACAGGUUGACAUGGAGAAGGUGACUUAGCGUUUAGAUGUUGCCUGUUUCUUUUUGCUAGAAGUUUUGGGGAAGGCUCCGAGUUUGCGUACAGCUGGAUUUUUAUCAUGCGUAACUUGAGCUUUUUCGCAGCAUGUACUCGCAAUGGAAACAACAGUUCGACGGUUGUAGUUCCUGUUGUAGCCUGCCAUUUACUGCAUUUUAAAACCAAAGUAUUAAAGUGGAAUUUUAAGUCGACGUGAAAAAUCAAGCAUUCGAAAAAAAAUGUCUGAUAUAAAAUCUGACCUAUCUGGAAUGAGUUGCACUAAAUGUAGCUUGUAGCAAAUUAUAUAUAACGUAUUGGAAUCUAUCUAGAACGCUAAUUUAAAAGGCACCCGUCAUGGCUUUGCUGAAAACUAAAGGAUGUAAUCUUAUUUAGAUAUAUGUCAAGCAGGACUCGAUUCUCUAUUUCUUUCUUUCUUUCUUUCUUUGUUAAUAAAUUCAUUAUUUACAUGGCAAUAAUGUAGUAAUCGAUAUUAAAAUGUCUGGACAUUGUUUUAUGGUCAGGGAUUGAUACCCUGCUUGUAUAAAAUCAGGAUAUACCGUUCAUCAAUAAAUUCUUAAAACUGUUAAUUAUUUUUUUUUUCCAUAUAUAUUUUGCUGUGCAAAAUUCUUUUACCCACUAACCAUAUGUGAUGUUCAUAUAUGCUUAUCUUCAUUUCGUACGAUUAUGAUAUGCAAUAAAAUGCAAUUUGGGCCACUUAAA